AGGUUGAUGUUCCUUAUUGAAUGAAAAUAUGAACAUCUGGACAGCAGAGAAAAUAAUUCUUCUUGGUUUUCUGUUGAAAGGUGUUUGCUGUAGAGAUUUCAGCAUCAGUUUGCCAGAAAAUAUUGAAGCUCUCAGUGGAUCAUGUACUCUCCCCCCCAAACCUAUAGUGCAGCUGUAUGUGGAGCAGAAGGAGGUGCAGGAUCAGGAGGAGGUGUUGGAGGUGUUGGAGGGGAGCUCUGUGAGUCUGCGCUGCUCUGCUGAGACUCUCUGCUCCUCUCCUCCACCAACUCUCACAUGGAGCUCCACUCCCAGAAUCCCCCUCAGUGAGAGCAGCAGACUACAGGAGCUCAUCUCUGAUCUGAACUUCACUGCUACUCACCGUCAACACAGAGUCACUUUCACCUGCACUAUAACCUACCAGCUACAGGACAAGAACAAAACAGCACAGAACAACAUCACAUUACAUGUUCAGUAUUCGCCUAAAAACACAUCAGUGUCUGUGAUUCCCUCCAGCUCUGUGUUGGAGGGCAGUUCAGUGACUCUGAUCUGCAGCAGUGAUGCAAAUCCAGCAGUGUUGAACUACACCUGGUCCAGAGAGAGUGAAGGACAGUUGGAGCAGCUGCAGACUGGACACACUCUUACCUUCAAUAGGACCGACCUGAAACACAGAGGCUGGUACCACUGUACAGCUCAGAACAAACAUGGCAGCCAAAACUCAUCAGUGAUGCUGGACAUUCAGUGUGAGUAUUACAUAAAAGCUAAUUUUACCUUGUCACAUUCAUUAGCACCUUAAAGUCAAUUAUAAAAU